AUGGCCGACAUUAUCCAUGCCUUGGAGCUUUCCCACAGCCCCGCCUCUUCCAACAACCUGCGGAGAGAAGCCCUUCAGUUUUUGGAAUCAAAAAAAGAGGAUGAUUAUGCCGCACGCAAUGGGUUUCUGCUCGCCUCGAACGUGGGGAAUUCACCACUGGUUAGACAUUUUGGGUUAUCUCUUCUUGACCACGUCUUACGCCAUACUGGAUUUGCAUUGUCGACUGCCCAAAUAGGCGAGCUCAAGGAAAUGGUGACACAGCUUGCCCAGGGUGUUCGCCAAGAGAAUCCUAGCUAUUACCGAAACAAAAUUUCCCAACUGUGGGCUGAGGUGGCAAAGAGGAGUUGGGGCAUCGGCUGGAAUGACAUGGACCGAGAUCUCUUCACAAUAUGGAAUGGAGAUGCCUUGCACAAGGAGUUUGUGCUGACAGUGUUGGAAACACUGUCCGAAGACAUUUUUUACCGCGAGGACACCGCGUCCUCAUUGCGUGGAUCGGACCUGAAUAGAGCUCUCGUCGAAACGUUCACCCCCCUUUCCGUCUUCUCAGAAGCCUUUCCUGACCGAGAUCAAAACCGAGUGGAGCUUCGUCAUGGAGAUGAUGGAUGGCUUGCAAGGACCUGCGGUCUUUUGGAUGCUUGUAUCGGAAGUAUACAGACUUCUCAUGAAGCAAAAGAUUGCAGCUUGAAAGCUCUUGCUGUUCUGAGGACGAGUUUGGUUUGGUCUAUUCCUAAAGCCAUCAUCAAUUGCAAUGCUGUUCCCACAAUUUGUCGGGCCCUAACUUCGCAGGAUGAGCAAGUUCUCUUGGCCGCUGUUGAGGCAUUACAUUCUCUAUAUAGCAGAUCCAAUGUUGAGAUCGAGGAAUUCGAGCCAUUGGUGGGGUGUAUCUAUCAGGUUGACCAUUUGGUUUUAUUGCAAAACCUCUUUGAAUGGACGGGGGUCGAUGCAACGGAUAUUGAUGAGACACGAUAUCAGAUAUCUAAAAAAUUAUCAGAGUUGAUGUCUUAUGCUGCUGGUUUCUUAGAAGAAAAGGAUUUCAAUCUACAGAACGCUCAGGGAAUCGAUCUUUCGCUUCUAUUCAACUUCUUAAUUGGCAUCCUUCGCCAUUCGAGUUUAACAGUUUCAAUUCCAGUUCUGCAUUCUUGGUCACGGCUACUGGUAGCUGAGAGAAUUGGUGACAUGCAAAUCGUCACACCUCUGAUCGCACCGCUACUUGAGAUAUGUACUCAACGAUUGGUUCGAUGGGAGAACCUCCCAGAUGAUUCUGAUGAUCCUACUGUCCUCUUUCUAAACGAGGACAUUGACACAAUUCCGGAACGGCAUGCUUUUGUCGGUAACUAUCGCCGCUAUUGCUCUACUGUAAUCGAGGUCAUCGUUCAAAAACGUCCACACGAUGCCAUUCCUCACAUUCUCUCUACUGUAGAUCAAAAUUUGAACAAUUUGUACAGCGGAGUUCAGCCAUUCAGCAUUGAAUCAUUCCAGAAAUUGUCAUUCCCUCUUAUGCGUGCCGAUACCCAAUUUUCUGUCGUCGAAGCGGCAUUGAAAGGAUAUCAAAAAUGGAUCAUAGCACAUGGUCGUAGUCCCCAGCAAGACGAACACCAACGGACCCAGCUUGAGGUGACAAUUGAAAAUUGGGCCAUGAGUUUAAUGCAGAGAAAUUUUGAGGAUCCUGUUCUAAAACAGAGAGUUAUCAAACUCGUUGUAGAUAUUUCCGCUAAAGCCCUUGACAAGACUCCUAGUUUUGCGCUCAAAGUUCUCGAGCACAUCUUAAUGACGCACCUUGAAGAUCAUCCGCUGUAUCCGGCCUACUCAGAAGCCGUGAAAGAACUGCACAGUCUUGCAAGCCAUGAACUGCGAAGGCUUUCCAUGCGCUGUGCUGAUUAUUUUUUCUCAUUCUAUGAUGUCCUGGAACCGAAGAUAAGAGAAAUCGCAGCAUCCCACCAGAUGGAUGACAAACUUCAGACAGAAUUGAAUUCAGUCUUGCUAAUUAUAACACAACGUACAAGCAAUGUUGAUCCUCAUGUCCGUGAGGCUAGGCUGCGUUCUUUCAUAGAGCCUGUUCGCCAAGCCUGGCAGAACGAGGAAUUUAAGAACAUGUCAUCUUCUUUCAAUGGAUUUUGCAAACUGCUUGGCAUUGAGGAAGUUGGACCUUAUAUGCACUCGAAAGAGGCCCAGAAAUUUGAAGACUGGGCUGCUGUACCUUUAGACGACACUGGGAAAGGAAUUCAAGAGCAGAUGACAAAACGAUUUCAACAACUUCCAUUGCGUGGAACAAAAACAUUGUUUGCGGUCUCAACUGAUAAACUCAAGAAAGCCGACCCCGCGUACGAAUUGGCAGGUGCUCUUUGGCGCGAUACAAUUCCCAUUAUUCUUCCUACAUUGUUGCAACUAAUAAGGCAUGCCCAUGCCUUCCAUAAUCCUGAGAAUUGGGGAGAGUCCCUUCCAGAAAUGAGAGCUAUCGUAGGGCGUAUUCUCACGGAUAGGUUUUGGCAAGCUGGUAUUUCUUCAGGGAGCCGGGAUGAUUUCUAUGCCAAGAUUACGACGUCAAAAGCUACCCUCGAAGGGUUUGCAUCAUCCGUACGGGGGAAGAUUAGGGCUGUACGGGAAUCAUGCUAUUCAAUGCUUUUUAGUAUGAGUCGACUUCGUCAGUACUUUUACGGAUUUGAAGAGCUACCAGGACCUCUGUCAGAGGCUCUUUUCCAAGAUUCAACGCAUUUGUCAUCACAUCAAUUCUCUAUUCUUCUGAAUAUUUCUCGUUGUUUGAUUGACGACUGUCCAGUUCAGUUCCGCAGUCACUUCCUACCGCCGAUUUUGAGCAGCUUAUUCAAACAGCUCGACAAGAAGAUUACGGAAGAAUGGGAUAACAUAGAACGACGCAAAGAAGGCUUGGAGAGCAGUGAUCUGACUGACGAAAUGAAAGACGAAAGUAUUCUGCGUCAACUAACCUAUUCUGCGGUGGUUAUGGUUGCCAGUCUCCUUGAUCCUCAGAGAGGUGACCCAGACGCAGUAACAAAUGGAGACCCUAGUGUACCGCAUGCACCCGUGUCGCUCACAACUUCGCUGAGACACUUUGUGCUUUCUAACCCCACAAUUUUAGAACCUGUUUUCCUGUUCUGUACCCAUGCUCUUCGCAUGCGAGACACGAGGUGUGGUAGUAUUAUCACGAGAGUUAUUAGGUCUAUACUCAGUGAUUUUGCUCCGCCAAUCAACACCUCUACCGCGGCGACGAUCCGAGAGUUUAUCUCUACAGAGGUUCUUCGUGCGUGUAUCACAUCUGUCCACGAGCCGUACUUCGUCGAUAUGCAGCGAGAUCUCGCAACACUCAUUGCCUCGAUUUGGAUUCUUUAUGGCCCCUGCACCUCCACUCCUCGGUUGGUCAUGUUAAGUCUGCCUGGAAUGACAGAGGAACGCGUAUCUCAAACUGAAAUGAUCCUCAUGCGCUCGACCUCUGGUCGUCAACAACGCGCCUUGAUCCUUGAUUUGCUUGAAGGUCUGCGUGGAGUUAGCAUUUCUGAGCAAGGCAAGAUUCUCGGCACGCAUGAGGAGCGCCGAAAGGCCCGCAGUGCAUUACAGCAGCGGUACAUGUCGACUGCUCAUACUGAUAUGGAGGGCCAACAGAAUAGCAAGGUCAACAUCGACGACGGGCCUGAUCUUGGUGGACUGGCAGAUAUGUUUGGUUAA